AACAAAAGUUGAGUGAAAUGUUUAGUGAAAUGUUUAGUCGUUUUGCCAUGGCUUUAACUUGGUGGUUCAUCGAGCCAGCCUUUGUUCAACUCAUUCUAUUUCGCCAAUGAGGAAGUUUUCAAUCCACGAAUAAUCUCAGUGAUCAGCCAACCAUGAACGAAUUGAAUCUUUUGUUGUUAAUGAAAUGCCGAACACAAAAAAAUACCAUCCAGAAUAUUGUUUCCAACAUUAAUUGCACGAGAGGACUUUCACAUAUUGCGUGGGAGUAAGGAAUUGGGUUAGUAUGGGGAGGGUAAACAGGUGAAGUUGAAGUGAAUAGUACCAGACACGGGAUAACACUGUCUACUUCACAUAGUAUUUUCCUGCUUCACGAUGGACGAGGAAGACUUUACACAAACAGUGGGUCAUGAUUUCAGAGAAACUCUGGAAAAAUUUCGAGUUGAAAUUGUACAAACAUUGGACUUAGAACGGCAUUUCAUUUUUGCUUACUUGCGUAGCAAUUCUGUCUUCGACGAGGAAGACUGUGAUAUCAUAUUGAGCUCUGGACCGGGAAGGAAGCAGAAAGUUGCAAAGUUUCUAGAUGUUUUGGCUUGCAAAGGACAAGAGGGUUUCGAUCACUUCAAAGCUUCUUUGGCAGUCGAGCAUCCGAAUCUUUACGAAAAGAUCACUGGGAAACGCCCAGAAAAACGUCUGAAUCCUGUCGAGUCUUUGCACAAGUUCGGAAACAGCCUUUGGAGCGGAGGACUAGCGGGGAAAGAUUUGAUUGAUUUCGAUCGACAAUACUUGGCAACGCAGUUGGAAAAAACAGCCGGCGAUCUGAAAAUGCUAUCCCAUGUUCACAGCAAAACUGUUCAUGAGAAGAACGCUUUGGAAAGGAAGGUCCUUGAAACUUCUUCAAAUCUCGAAGAUCAGCAACAAGAGGUUCAAGAGCUGCGAGAGCAACUGAAGAAUUCGCGGGGUCAGUCGUUAAAAAAUCCCGGUAAUGCUGCAGGCAAUUCUUUCACCGUGCAGCGAUAUAUACAGGAGCUGAUGGCAGAAAAUGCAGACAAAAGUAAUAGAAUAAUAUCAUUGCAGCAGAGCUUACUUGAUGCUGUCGAGAAUGCCGAAAGAGACAGGGUCUCCUUUGUGGAUUUGCAGCGAAGACACGAAGAGAUUCUUCAGCAGUUACGCGACGUUACGAUAAAUUACGAUUGGGAGCGGCGAAACUCAAUAAGAAUGAGCGAAAGGAUGCGAAAGCAAAGCAACCAAAUCAAAAUCGGCGAAGACCUGCGCCGUGAGAUUUUUGAUCUGAAGCUGAAGCUUUCCGAAAUGCAGGAUCAGAGGGAUGAAGCAAAAGACGAGUUAAGAGAAUUUCGUAACGUUACCGAAGCAUUAAGUGCUAAAUUCGACAGCGUUCGUCAAGAGAAAGAAAAAGCAAUCGAGUUUCGAGAAGAAUGCUCCAGCACAAUGGCAGAAUUACAGGCAGAAAGCCAGUACUUGCAAGCAAAACUACAGGAGGCCUACUUGGACCUAAAUAACAUGAAAAGACAAAACAUGAGACUGACACAAGAGUCACGAACUCAUAAAGAGCAACGCGAUGUUUUGCUGCAGGAAAGAGAGAUUGCAAUUAAUGAGCGGAAUGCGUCCAUGAAGGAUCUCGAAGAAGCUUUACGACUUAACCAGGAAUUGCGUAAAUCACGUGACGACUCCGUUGAAGCGCAUAUAAAAAUCAACAAGAUGUUACAGGAUGACUACAACAAGCUGCACGAAGAGAUGGAUGUGGUGCGGCACGAAGUGCGACUUAUAACAGAGGAAAACGAACGGUUGAGGCUUAAAGUGAGACAAUGUGAAAAUGCCAGAAACAUGGCCCCCUUGGAAGCUCUUGAGUCGACAGAGGACUCCGAAAGCACGGUUGACAAAGACAAUGUUUUGCCUCAAACGAAAACCGAACUUGCAGAUGAAGCAGCGGAAGAGACCAGCUCGGUCAAUGCGUUUAAGCCUUUUCCUUGGAAGAAAUCAAGAAGUAACACAGCAGUUUUGAACAGCGCAUACAGGAGAAUAAACGAACCUAAAGCAGAAGAUUUUUCUAAGCACCGAGCCUCUUUGCCCGCAGUCUUGAGCUUACAUGGCAACGAGGCUUUAUUGUCGGCUGUGGAAAACUCGGACACCAAACAAGCUGCCAGGUUCAAUCAAACAGAAGAGGAGCUGGUGCAUCUUGAAAGCCAAAAGCCGAAAUCCGAUAUUCUGAAAAUUGAUGUAAAAGCUGCCAGGGCGUUAAAUGGCUCAGAAUCUCAAAACAGCUCACUGGAAUGCUCAAGCAGAGAUUCAGGAAAAAGCAUCACGUCAAUUGUGCCAUUAAUUUCAGGGUUAAGCAUGAACCUCGCCAUGAGCUCUGGAUCACAGGAAAGUUUGCUUAUAAAAGACAGGCCCAACUCUCCGCCCGCACGACUCCUAAGGUCACCAGAACCAAGGAGCAAACAAAUCACAAAAUCGUUCUCCCCGAAGGUUUUGUACAAAAUUGAUCGAAAUUCAGCUUUCGACUUCCCGUUCCCGAAAAAGAUUUUGAAGGGUAAAGAUGGUGAUCAGACAGGAAAAAAGCAAGUUGAUUCAGCAUGCAGUUCUUCAGAAGAUCCAAGUAAAAGUCACGGGCAAUCCUCUUCUCCAAAAACUGUUUUGAAUGGAAAUGCAUGUGGAAAUGGCAGCCUUGAAAAGACGUCGUGUACAACUGAGAAAUCUGCUAAGGUUAACCGUUGCGCUACUAUCGAGCAGGUUAGUCUUGCAACAGACUUCUUGGAUGUAAAUUUACCCAAGAGGAGGCAUAGUAGUGCGGACCUUGUCAGCCUAUCGAAAGAGGAAGGUCGGGCCUCUGAUGUUUAGCGGUAUUUCACUCGUUGUUCAUGUUGUCAUAAAGGACAGUAGCUACUGCUUUUGAGAAUAUAUGAUCUAUAAAUGUUCGUAAAAAUCUUUAUAUAAGCCUCAAAUAAAUAGCUAUCCGGUGUAUUCAUUUUAAAAUUUUACUACCCUGGGUACAAUUGCCAUCUAAAUUCGAGCACGGAUGAGGGGCGACGAAGGUAAACUUUUCUUUCCUUUCUCUGCACCUAUCUUUCAUUUCCUCGCUCAAAUUUUGUGGCUCUGGUGCCCAGGAUACAAUUUUACGUUUGUCAAAUUCAUACUGUCUACAUCCCAAUGCCAUUUGAACUACGUGCUACAGGGUUAAAAAACCUAACAGUUAAGCUCCAGAAACUCUUACGCAUUUUAAUGUACGCUUGCCUUUUCCAAAAAGCCCUUUCCUUUGUCUUGCAAAGGAUUGUGUGUUGCCAUUCAAGUGACAUUCUUCAAAUAAGUGAUGAAUUCAUUCGAUGCAAAUGCCGGAAACCCUCAAUUUUGACAACACCCUUUUCGAGUAACCAUCUGAAUUUUUACCUACGUCGAACAUUUAUACCUAAUUUAUUCGAAUGCAAUUAGAUAACCAUUUAUGUUACUGUAUUGCAGCUGAUACGUGUAAUUUAGACAGUAUAGUUACAAACAUCAGAA